GGCCCGGCCGGGCCGGGGCCACCCCCAGAGGGUGGCAGGUCCCCUCCGGAGGGUGGCAGGUCCCCCCAGGGCCACCUUCGGGCCCGGGCCGGGGCUUGUGGCAGGAGGGGAGGCGACCCAGCGGGUGCAGAGUGGGGGCUGGGAUUUAGAUUUGCUAUGGCAACCCGCUGGCAUGGAAGGAGCGCCAGGAAAUGUCAGGGCGAGGUGGGCACGGCCGGGCGGCGUCGCGGGCACCGGACACCGGGCGAGGCGGAGGUAACCGCGGCUGUGCCCCCGGAGCACCGGAGGGAUGCGUGGCAGGCGGUGAUGGGGGUGCAGGUGGUGGUCACCCUGCUGGCCGCCAGCCUGAUGCAGAAGUUGGCCCCGCACUGCUCCUUCGCCCGCUGGCUGCUCUGCAACGGCAGCCUGUACCGCUACAAGCACCCCACGGACGAGGAGCUGUGUGCCCUGGCCGGGAAGCAGCGCCCCAGGAGCAGGAGGGACAGGAGGGCCGGCGGGGUGGCAGAGGACAAAGAGCUGUCGGUGCCCUGUGACAUCGAGCUGCAGCUGGACACCAGCCCCAUCACGGCCGUGGAUGCGCUGGUGCUGCGCUAUUUCCUGGAGUACCAGUGGUUCGUGGAUUUUGCCGUCUACGCCGGCGCUGUCUACGUCUUCAGCGAGGGCUACUUCUGCCUGGCCAGCCCCGCCAGGGAGAGCAACCUGGGCGUGCUCUGGUGCCUGCUCACCCUCCUCUUCUGCCUCAAGGUUUUCCUGAUGGUGCUGCGGCACUAUUUCCGCUCGGAGGAGGGUGGGGAGCGCUCCGUGUGCCUCAGCGCCGCCCUCUUCUUCCUCCUGCUCGCCAUGCUGGCCCUGCUGGUCCGGGAGGAGUACCUGGAGUUCGGCCUGGAGGCCGGGCUGGCCGGAGUCGCCGCGAGCCUGGAGCCCAUCCUGAAGCCGCGGGGCUGGGAGUGGACGCUGCCGCUGGCCACGCUGGCCUUCAAGGUGGGGCUGGUGGCCCUGAGCUCCUUCCUGGGGGCCUGCCUGACCUUCCCGGGGCUGCGCCUGGCACAGACACACCUGGACGCGCUCAGCAUGGCCCGGGACAGGCCCCUGACACAGGCCCUGCUGCACGUGGGGUUCCUGGCGCCCGUGCUGGUGGUGCUGCUGUGGGUGCGGCCGCUGGGCCGGGAUUUCCUGCGCCAGGCCCCGCUGGGCCGGCAGCCGGGCCAGAUGCUCUCGGACUCGGCCUUUGACACGCUGCGGCUCUGGGCCGUGGUGUCGCUGUCGCUGCUGCGGCUGUUGGGGACGCGCCACCACCUGCAGGCGUACCUGGGGCUGGCGCAGCGCUGGGCGCGCCGCCUGCGCCGGGAGGCGGGCCGGGUCCCGGCACGGAUGGUGCAGCAGCGGAUCGCCAGGAUUUACUGCUACGUGUCCGUGGUGAGCCUGCAGUACCUGGGGCCCGUGAUCCUCACGCUGCACUGCGCCCUGCUGCUCAAGACGCUGGGUCACCACUCCUGGGGGCUGUACCCCGAGUCCCCCGCCGUGUCCCCAGCAGCGCCGGUGGCCCCGCCACGCCCCGAGGGCGACGUGGAUGGGGACGUGCAGGUGGUGGUGCAGGAGAUCUCGGGGGUCCUGGGCUGCAUCUUCACCCCCCUCUUCUUCCGAGGACUCUUCUCCUUCCUCACCUGGUGGGUGGCCGCCUGCCAGGUGGUCACCAGCCUCUUUGGCCUCUACUUCCACCAGUACCUGGCAGCGUCCUGACUGGGAGGGACUGGGUGGGACUGGGUGGGACUGGUGCUGCCGGUCCCUCGCUGCUGCCUUGUCUGCUUGUCCCACUUUGAGGACACACACGGGGACAUGGGUGCCACCAGGACGGGUUUUGUGUCACCGCUGUGCCUGCCCCUCGUGGGGACACUCCAGGGCUGCCUUUGCUGGAGGGCAGCGGCUCCUGGUGCGCUGGGGACACGGUGGGGACCUCCGGGAGCGGCCAGCAGAGGUUUUGGGGCUUUUUGAGGGGCUUUUUGAGGGGGUUUUUGGAGGGUCUCUGCACCCCGCCGUCACCCCCCGCGCUCCGUGUGACCCCUCGGGCCCAGCAGCCUCGGGGCGGCUGUUUCACAAUAAACAAGUGACACCA